AUGGCGCACCUGACCACUGUGCAGCUGCUGCUCCUGCUGAUGUCGACGGCCGAAUGUGCCCUGUCCAGAGCUCCCCGGGCCAGGACUGAACUCCUCAACAUCUGCAUGGAUGCCAAACACCACAAAGAAAAACCGGGCCCCGAAGACAAUUUACAUGACCAGUGCAGCCCCUGGAAGACGAAUUCCUGCUGUUCCACAAACACAAGCCAGGAAGCGCAUAAGGACAUUUCCUACCUGUACCGGUUCAACUGGAACCACUGUGGAACCAUGACACCAGAAUGCAAACGGCACUUUAUCCAAGACACCUGUCUCUAUGAGUGUUCCCCGAACUUGGGACCUUGGAUUCAGCAGGUGGAUCAGAGUUGGCGCAAAGAGCGGAUCCUUGAUGUUCCCCUGUGCAAAGAGGACUGUCUGCUGUGGUGGGAGGACUGCCGCAGCUCUUUUACCUGCAAGAGUAACUGGCACAAGGGAUGGAACUGGACCUCGGGGCAUAACGAGUGCCCUGUGGGAGCCUCCUGCCAUCCCUUCACCUUCUACUUCCCUACACCUGCUGUUCUGUGUGAGAAAAUCUGGAGUCACUCCUACAAACUCAGCAACUACAGCCGAGGGAGCGGCCGCUGCAUCCAGAUGUGGUUCGAUCCAGCCCAAGGCAACCCCAACGAGGAAGUGGCCAGGUUCUAUGCUGAGGCCAUGAGUGGGGCUGGGCUUCACAGGGCCUGGUCACUCGUGGGCAGCCUGCCCUUAGUACUGCUCUGGAUUCUCAGCUGAGCUCCGGUUACCUUCAGUCGUCUGGAGCGUCACCCUGCCUGGCUCGGCCUCCCAGCUCCCAGCCUGCUGUGUGG